AUGCAGGACGCCGGUCCUAGCAGCACCCUUCCGACGGACGAUAGGGAAGACGAGUCCGGCGUCGACUCGACCGCCGGCGGGAAAUCGCACCACCCCAAGAAGGCGGCAAAGGCGAGGGGGAGGGGAAGGGGCGCCGUGAAAUCGCGAAGGGGGGGGGGAGACGGUGGCGGCAGCGACACGUCUUGCUCGAAGGAGAAGGAUACCUCGAGGGAUGGCAGGAGAACGUGGACGGAUGCGGAGAGCGAUCGACUUCGGGAGGUGGUGGAGCACCGGAGCGCCGGAGACUCCCGGAAGAACUGGCAGUGGGUAGCCGCCAAGUGCAAGAUGAGGUGGGAGCGCAUCCUUAACCCUGGCGUGAAGAGGGGCCUUUGGACGAAGGAGGAGGACCAGAAGCUCAAGGAGGUUGCCGCUGCCAUGGAGUACAAGUGGAGCCACGUGGCCAAGCUCAUGGGCGGGCGCACCUACAAGCAGUGCCGCGAGCGCUACACCAACUACCUCAAGGAAGGGCUGAACGUCGGCCCGUGGACGAAGGAGGAAGACCAGCUGCUGCUGAGCAUGCACGCCAAGGUCGGCAACAAGUGGGCCGAGAUCGCCCGCUACCUCAAAGACCGGAGCGAGAACAUGAUCAAGAACGAGUACAUGAAGCUGUCGAGAGACGCCAACGCUUCUCAACGUCGAAGACAGGCGCACAUAGACAACCACACCCAGAAUAGCCUCGACAGCAGCACCAACCCGAACAGCCUCGAGGUUGUUGUCUCAGGAAGUCCGACCGCGGGGGAAGGGGGAGACGGAGAAGCCGCGAAGGUUUGGCAAAAGUGGCCUUGA